AUGGCCGAAUUACAAGUGGACGCCGUGAUCACCGGCACGGGGCUGACUGCGGCCGUUGUCGCCGCCUGCCUGUCGCACGAUGGCCACAAGGUCUUGAUGAUAGACCGGCAUGUGAUUUACGGACAGGCGAUGCGCACAUCCACGGUCAAACACCUCUUGGAGAUGCCUGAGUCGCGCUGCCUCAACCGGGUAGACCGCCUGCGCGAGCAAUUCGAGGCCAUGCGAGCCAAAAUAGCUUCAGAAAUGGCAGAGUCCGCCAGGUCUGAACAUGUGGAUGGCGACCAAAAUGCGCCUGGAGUUUCGGAUGACCAGCACCGCCAGCCGAUAAGUCAAAAGGGGUCGCAGGCGGAUAUGCGCAGGCUACACGUGGAACGACUGCAGGAGACGCUAAACACAAUGUAUGCCAACAAGGAGUCGCAUCCGCGCGUGCUUUUCGAGCUGGCGCCAUUUGCGCAGCAAGGGCUGAAUGAGCUCGAGGCGCUUGACCACCUCUACUCCGAGAGCAACAAGUACGCACUGGACAUGUGGCCGAAACUCAUGUUCGCGAGGAGCGCAGUUGUGGACCUGCUGCUGAAUUCGGGGGCGCACAACUACAUCCACUUCACCGACACCAAGGGGCCCAUGCUGUACGGCUACGAGCCGGCAGAGGAGGGCGGCCGCAUAACCCUUCACGAGAUCCCCAACAGCAGGAACGCCAUCUGCAGGUCCCAGCUCCUCUCUCCGAUGGAGAAACGUGUGCUGAUGCAAAUGCUGACCAACUUGGCCGCCGACCACUACCUACCGCAGUUCUCGUCAAUGUCGUUGAAGGCGAGCGCUUCGAAGGAAGAGAGCAAGAGCACGCUAGACACGCUGACGGUUGACCAGCCGGACAGCAACUGGCUGCAGUUCCUGCGAGACCAGGGCUGCACGCAGAACAUGAUCGACAUGUUCAGCCACGGCAUCUGUCUCGGGGGAGAGGACGUGGUCGCCUGGACCAAGCAAGACGGCAUCCGACGGCUGCUGAAGUAUAUACAAUCUAUCGGGGUCUACGGGCAGUCAGAGGCGCCAUUUUUAUACCCCAUGUACGGUACGGGUGAUGUCGUCCAGGCGUUCGCCAGAGUGAGCGCCGUCCUGGGUGCAACCAUCAUGCUGGGCACGGGUGUCGCGUCGCUAGAGGCCGACGCGCACAACAAGCUAAGUGCAGUGACCCUAACAAACGGGUUCAAGGUGCGCACCAAGGUGUUGUUGAUUGGCGACGAGGUGACGGCGGGAGAUGCCGCCCACUUCGCCCCGACAGCGCCCGGGGAUUCCGCACGCUCCUCGAGACAAGCGAGACGGCUGCACGUCGUCACGCUGAUACUGCAACAACCGCUGCUUGCAGGCCUCAACAUGGCCGUUGUGCUGCCCAGGCCCGCGGAGGCAGAUGGCGGCCCGCAGUGCCGGGAUCCCAUGUACCUCCUGCAGACGGGGUUCGACGCGGACGCCGCGCCGGCGAACAAGUACAUCAUCUACCUGAUGACAGUGGAUUACCACCCCCCCGCGGAGUUCAACUCCUUCGCCGAGUGCAGCCACCCGACCGUCAGCCGCUUGCUGCGCUGCUGCAGCGCCAUGGCGUCACAGAGCGGCUUCGGGCUGGAGGCGACGGCCAUGGCGACGUACACGUCCCACGAGCUCGCUAGCGACAACGGUGCGGCGCACUACAAUGUCGAGCUGCACCGCGGCUGGCUGGCGGAAGGGUGCGCGACGGAGCGCCAGGCAGGCAACGGCAUCGUCGUGCUCCCCAAGCCCAUGGGCACCCCCGCAGUGCCGCUGCUGGAGGAGAUACCGGCGGCUGUUAAGGUGUGCGACGCCCUGGUUGGCCGCGGUGAACGGCAGCUGGCCCCCUACGACGACGCCGGGCUCGUGGGAUGCCUGGAGGUGAAGCGGCCGGAGGAGCCCGAGGACACACAUGUGGAAUCCGCCGCGGAGAAGCUGCAGUCCAUCAUAGACAAAUACGGGUAG